GUGUUUGUGUAUGUAUAUAUGUCUGUGAGCACGAUAACUUGAGUAUCGUUACAGCUAGGUUGAUAAAAUUUCAUAUUGACUUUUCAGAGAUUUCCGUUAACCAAAAGUGAAACUUUGUCUACUUUUGGUUUUUCAAAAGCCUAUGACUUGAGUACUGUUUCAUAUAGAUAGACGAAAUUUCACAUAUAAGUCAAAGAUCUAAUUUUCUGCCAUCUGUCGAAUUUUCAGUAAUUUCCGUUAACUGGAAGUAGUACUUAACGCUUUUUGCUAUUUCUCAAAAAAAAAAAGAAAAUAUGAAUUUAUAAAGUACUAAUUGUUUGCUGUUCACUUGGUGCGCAAUUAAUUUUUCUACAAGAUUCUAUUAUAUUUCAAAAAGUUUAAGUAAUUAAAAAUUGAUUAAAAAUCAUGUCUAUAUCCCGAGUGCCAUCCUACUUAGUGUUAUAUAAUAAUAUUUGAGAAAAAUUAAGGGAGAUCACUUCCGCUUUAUUUUACUUCCAUUUGCACAACUUAAAUUUCUUUACUUAGCGCGUAAUUGGGCUAUCCAUGAGACUGGACCAUUUUAUUUGUAAAUAUUGUUCGACAUAAGAAGUGAAAAAGGAGGGGUUAGUCUUUUACAUAGAUUGCAAGAUGAUAGUGUAGUUAUUAAAAUAAAUAGGACUGAGAACUAUUACUAAUGAAUAAAAGCACAAUUUUGCUAAAACAAAUGUUACUAAUAUGAAAUUUUAAUUGAUUCUGUCUGUAAAGUUACUUCUAGAUAAAUAAAAAUUGUUUUGACGUGUACAGCUACACAAAACAAAAACAACUUAAUUAAUUUAAUUGUUUCGGACGAAGAGGUUUUUACAAAAACAGCACGAACCGCUUCAAAUGCAGAUUGUAAAACGAUGCGUAUCUAAUUGAUAUCUGCCGUUGUAUAAAAAAAACAGUAAACUAGCCAUAGUUUGACGUGUUUUUAAAGGAAAUGUUUAUAUAAAUGGGCUCGACUUUCUAAUUGUCACGAGUUAACCGUAACGUGAACUCCUUACACUCGAUAUUUUGCUAAGCUGGAUUUGUUAAUGCGCAAAUAACAUGCAACAUAACGUAGAGGGACAUGUAUAAAAUAAACAUUAGAUGGCAGGCAAUGAUCGACACUUCAGACGUGUGAAGUCAGUGUUUGAUACUUCUGUGACGCUUUUAUUUUUGAGUUGUCGUCAGUGAUCAACAACAACAAAACAUGUCAGACGAAGCCCCAAAAGACGUGCUCAUGAAACGAUAUCGGUACCUCGCUGAAAAAGAACCCAACAGAGAGGCGUUUGUCUUUGUAGGCGACGCCCUGGAGAGACUCCCACUGACGAGGUAUCAGCUGUGGGAUUCGUGCGCGCGCUACGCUUCAAGACUACGACGUUACGGGAUAAAGAAUGGCGAUGUUGUGUGUUCCAUGAUAAAAACAUCAAGGACAAAACUGGUCACAAGUUUUGGUAUCAUCGCAGCUGGUGGCGUUGUUGUCAACGGUGUGACUAUUCUCGCGGACGGUCAAGAUAUUUUUAGAAUCCUCAACACAGCUAAAUGUCAGACUAUUCUGACGUCUUGGAACAGGCCGGAGUUUAUUUUCCUUCAGCAGUUUUUAAAGAUGGACAAAACUCUGCCUGCAGGCAUAGAAACCAUCAUCCCAGUGCAGUGCGAGAAGGCGCCAUGUCUGAAACAGCUGAUCGUGUACCAGCUGACCAGCCACGAAGACCACACGUCUUUCCUGUCCAGUCUAGCAGACGAAGACUUCUACGAGGCUGACGUCACGGCUGAUGACGAGGCUUACAUUUUCUUGACGUCUGGUAGUACCAGUUACUCGAAGAUGGUGCCACGAACACACAGGGAAUGUUUAGCACUUGUAGAUUCCAUCCCACGAGACGACGCCAUAGUUCUCAACAACCGAGAAAUGGAGUGGAUCGGUGGUUUUCCAAGUUUUUACCUCGCCGUUGGCUCCACCACCAUCGUACAAGAAUACAAAGAUACUGCCGUCAAACUGAACGUUGUUGAUGUGUGGAACUUUGCCUGCAAGGAGGGAGCGACGGCUGCCGUUCUGGUUCCCGCAGAAGUUGUGGUCGUUAAACAGGCUUUCUACAAUGGCACACUAACAAGCCGUAUAAAAAGAGUUUUAUGUGGCGCCCAACCUUUGAAAAAGAGUGUGUUUAGUGUGGUCGAUGUAAUCUGUGAUGAAAUAAUGAUUGUCUACGGAUCGACGGAUGCUGGUUUUGUGAGCACUGGAUUUGUUACACGUGAUAAUAAGGACACAGUCAAAGAUUGCUAUGCUGGUGACAAACUAAUGAGUGAUAUCCAAAUGAAAAUUGUUGACGAGAAGACUAAAUUGACAAUUACCAGCCCAAACAAAGUGGGAAAACUGUUUCUCAAAGGAGGAAAUGUUCUGCGUCACUACAUGAAUGUUGAUUAUACCACCAGCGGGGUUUUUACAGAAGAUGGGUGGUUCGACUCUAGUGAUGUGGGGUACAUUGAUGACAUUGGAGGAAUUCACGUCAUAGGCCGGACCUCCGACAUCAUCAUCAGCGGUCCAGGUGUUUUGUACCCCCAGUGGUUGGAGGAGAGAAUACAGCAGUGUCCUGGUGUCGCUUCUGUGGUAGUUGUUGGGAUUCCCCACCCGGUCAAGUUCCAGGAAAUAUGUGUCUGUGUUAUCAAGGAAAAAAACUCAAACCUGACCGCCGGUGACCUGGAAGAGUUUUGUAACAAAAUCUUCACCAAAAUUGCCGGCAAUGAUGACGGACUGCCUAAAAAAUUCUUUUUCCUGGACACAUUUCCGCAAACCUCCACAGGCAAACAUUCUAGAAAAGCUUUAGAGAAGUUGGCCUCAGAAUACUUCCAGAAUCUCAGUCAAUAAACGUAAAAAAAAACAAUUUUUAAAAUGAGGUUUUGCUGGAUUUUUUUUUUUUUACCAAAGUUGAAUUGUAAAAGUAAAGCUCGCUUUUUUAACCUAACUUCCAUGGGACAAGUGAAACAGAGUUCACCUAUUUCUGUGACCUCGGCAUACGAUGGCAUACGAUGGGAUAUUGCAGUCAGCUCAACACCUAGCUGCUAUGAGUGCUGGAUGGACUCGAGCCGUUCUGCUGAAUUGAACCCGGAUUCGAACGCGAAACUUUGGGAAUAGAUGUCUAGCGUUGUGCCGCUAAGCCACGCAAUCUCUUUUAGGUUGAAUUGCACUAAUUUAAAAUGUAAUUUUGUUAAUUAAACAAAAUUUGUAAUCACAUCACGCAAAUAACAUUA